UAGCUCUUUAAAAUUUGAAUGGUAUGUCCAGAUUGGCUUGCUGAGACAGAAUUUUGAGAAAAAGUAUGCAAAUUAAAAAUCAAGUUGCCUGCCAACUGCUGGCACCCUGUUACCUGUACUAAUACUGCAGGCUCUUUAAGGAUCCUGGCUGCACAAUAGCUUCAGGGAGGUCUGAAGGUGAAGUUCUGGGCUAUGGCUGUCAGGUAUGUGGUAGGAAAGGCUUUGUGACUACCAUUUAUAUUCUGGGAGUUGGAGGAAACUUGAGUGUAAUUGCAUGGAAUUGGGAGUUUAUGUAAGUCGUGACUGGUUCAUGGUUCAGAACAAAACCCAGGCAUUUUACUGCUUUGUUUGCUGUGCAAAUGUACCUCCCUACCCUAUGGCUGCACUCCAAGGUGCCAGCACUGGUGGAAUCCUCACCCAUGCAAAGCAGGGAAAUUUUUGCCUUUUGGCAUGAUAAGGGAGAUUUCUCUUCCGCAGGCCUUUGAGUAUCUUGUGUAAAUCAGUAAAAUGUCAAGCAUUCUGUUAAAACAUUGAUACUAAAAAGGUUUUAUUUUUGCUUAUAUUUCAUUUGAGUGUUUAAGAUUUCCAGAGAACCUACUGGAAUAGCUCCCACUGAAUUCAGUGUGUACAAGAUCGGACUUGCCGGGGUGUUUGUUCCAGGGCAUAGAAUACUUCUGCUUCUGAGAUUUCCUGGUAUAUCUCAACAAAUAAAACUGAGAACCAUCUUGCCUGUCAUCCUGAAUUGCACAUGCUGGUGAUUUCCAAGCAAGAAGAUGCAUACAUAACAGCCUCCACAUUCCCAUGGAUCAGACACCAGUAUGCUGCCUCUUGCAAUAUCUGCAGUCUGUGCCAUAUCUCAGAGCUGUCAGGGACUGACCUGGACCUGCUGUUCUCUCCAGGCAAUCUGCUAGUCUCUAACUCCACCUGGCAUGAAUAAGAGAAUCACAGAAUGGUUGAGGUAGGAAGGGAUCUCUGGAGAUCAUCUCACGCAGCCUCACUGCUCUAGCAAAAUUCUCUUCAGCACAUUGCCUGGACACAGUCCUAGAGCUGAAAAGUGUUACUUUACAUGGCUGUCUGCUUACACAGCGUUGUCACUGCGGAGAAAGAAGCUUAUUAUUGCCUGUUUGUAGAUUGCAGCACACAGGAUAAAGAUAUCAGAAAUAAGUUUCAGCCAGCAGCUGUGGUGGUUGCCAUCUCGUCAGCAUGAAACUCACUGCAGACUUUUGGAGAAGGGAAGGGAAUGGAUGGUAGAACCAAAAAAGGUCCUGGGGAAAAAAAAAAAUCUAACCUUUCCAGUAAGGUGGUCUGCUGAAAGAUUUUGAAAGAUAGUAUAAAUCUGUACAUGAGCAAGAAAAGCCUCACUACAAAGCAGCUCAGUGUAAUUGAUCAUUGAAUUUAGGAGCCCUUUGGAAUAUGCAAUGAAAGGAAGUUGACAAGACUGUCUGCAAGAAAGAGGAAGGACCUACCUUAUGUAAACAAGAUGCAUCUGCAAAGCAAAGACAUACUCCUCUGAUGGACAACAUUUUGGACAGAUAAAUAGCAUGAAAACAGUUUCUGGCAAUGGAUGCAGUGAAAGAAGUAGAGCCUUGGGGUAUAAACACACCAGGCAAAUUGCACUUGGUGGUUUCUAUACAAAUGAGCACCGGCUAUUUUCUGUGUGGAGCACCUGAGGACAUUGACAUAGAAGAUGUGUGAGGAGGAGGACAGCACUGCCCUUGUUUGUGACAAUGGGUCAGGGCUUUGUAAAGCCGGCUUCGCUGGGGACGAUGCUCCAAGAGCAGUUUUCCCUUCCAUCGUGGGUCGUCCCAGGCACCAGGGUGUGAUGGUUGGUAUGGGUCAAAAAGACAGCUAUGUAGGUGAUGAGGCUCAAAGCAAGAGAGGAAUCCUGACCUUGAAAUACCCCAUAGAACAUGGCAUCAUUACCAACUGGGAUGACAUGGAGAAGAUCUGGCAUCACUCCUUCUAUAAUGAGCUCCGUGUUGCACCUGAGGAGCACCCAACUCUGCUGACUGAAGCACCACUGAAUCCCAAAGCCAAUCGAGAGAAAAUGACCCAGAUUAUGUUUGAGACUUUCAAUGUGCCAGCCAUGUAUGUAGCUAUUCAAGCUGUUCUGUCCCUAUAUGCUUCUGGACGUACCACAGGAAUUGUGCUUGACUCUGGGGACGGUGUCACCCACAACGUGCCCAUUUAUGAAGGCUACGCUUUGCCACACGCCAUCAUGCGUCUGGACCUGGCUGGCCGUGACCUGACAGACUACCUCAUGAAGAUCCUGACAGAACGUGGCUACUCCUUUGUUACCACUGCGGAGCGUGAAAUUGUCCGUGACAUCAAGGAGAAACUAUGUUAUGUGGCCCUGGACUUUGAAAACGAGAUGGCCACCGCUGCCUCUUCCUCCUCUCUGGAAAAAAGCUAUGAGCUUCCUGAUGGCCAGGUCAUCACCAUUGGAAAUGAACGCUUCCGCUGCCCAGAGACUCUCUUCCAGCCAUCUUUCAUUGGCAUGGAGUCUGCUGGCAUUCAUGAAACCACUUACAACAGCAUCAUGAAGUGCGACAUAGACAUCAGAAAGGAUCUUUAUGCCAAUAAUGUGCUUUCUGGAGGCACUACAAUGUACCCGGGCAUUGCAGACAGGAUGCAAAAGGAAAUAACUGCUCUAGCUCCCAGCACCAUGAAGAUCAAGAUCAUUGCUCCUCCUGAACGUAAGUACUCCGUCUGGAUUGGAGGCUCUAUUCUUGCCUCCCUCUCUACCUUCCAGCAGAUGUGGAUCAGCAAACAGGAAUAUGAUGAAGCUGGCCCAUCCAUUGUUCACCGCAAAUGCUUUUAAAUCACUUUAUCCCUGUAUGUCUUUUUAGCAUAUUACUGUGAAUGUAUUCAGGAAAAUACAUUCUUAAAAUUUCAUUCCAUAAAUCUUUCAUCGUAAUGGCUGGUUAAUUGGAUACGGUGUAUUUUUUGGAAUAAAUUUUAAAUAUGCAAAUGAAAUUGCUGCUCCUAUUUUAGAGAUGCAGUUGUGGAGUUGCCUUUACAGCUGGUGCGAAGCUCCAUCUUGUGGCGUAAAUUUGUUACUGCGCUGUGGGCUUAGAAGUGGGUACCUGUUGGCCAAUGGUAUCAACGCCAGAAAACGCUCAGCUGCCAGCCUGCACGGUGCCAGCGUUCAGCCUCGGUAUGCAUUUCAGUCUGCAAGCAGAACUAGUCAUGGUAUUCCCAAAGUUCUGGGCAGCACCAGACGGGCACAGUGUCUGCUUGAUACCAAGAGGAGCACAUGCACUCUGCUUUGCAUCUGCUCUAUCCAGAAAUAUUAUCUGACCACAUCACUUCUCAGUUCACAGCUACCAUGCUGGAAAAGGCACUUCUUAUACUCUGUGGUCCAGUAGUGUACGAUGCUUGCUAUAUCUUUUCCAUGGUUGUUUUCUUUGGUUUUAUUUUUAAUAGAAACUAAACCUCUCCUUCUGGGAGCAUAUCUAAAUUCUAAUAAUAGCUUGAGAAGGUGACUUUGCUAUUAUAUGUCCUCAGAAUGAGUGUAGCUUAUGUUGUUGUUGUGAUUUUCAGCAAAGUCUAAAGCGUAAUUAAGCUGGCUUAAUACAAUUGCUCUUCAGAAGUUUGUUUGUUUUUCUGAAGGGGAGGAUGUAAU